AUGAACGAUUAUGAUCUCUAUGGCAUCAAAAUUGCUAUGAAUGAUGGUUUGAUGGUCUUCGUCGAUAACCUGAAUGCAGCCUGGUAUACUGUACCAGUAUUUCUUAAUACUCAGAUCAUUUGUAUCAUCCAUUUUAAUGAGACAACGUGUAAUUUUGUCUAUAGUGUUGUUGUUCCAAUCUCUAAUAUCAGUUCAUUCGUCUAUAAUUGCAUUGAUUUACAAGGACGAAAUGUUAUCGGCUUAUUCGAGAGCAACGCAACGUGCUCGUUUUAUUUAAGCAAUGAAAAAAUUGUGUCCAACUAUUCAACACAAGACAAUUUUAUCAUUAGUAUCAACGGAGACAAUACGGCUAUCUAUGGUUUUGCUGAUGAUUUCUUAUUCUAUUACGAAUUGAACUCAACAUUUCAAUUAACUGUAUGGCCAAACUCCUUAAACAUUUCCCCACGGGCAGCAGAUAUCGGUGCCAAUAUCGAUUAUGCUGUCGUAGUUGGCUACUGUCAAUCGGCACCAGCAUAUGCAUCUGAUUGUGGCUUCAUCGUAUCAUUAAACAGAUCCUUGUCUUUUCCUAAUAGUACAAAUGCAUUUUCUAUGAUUAAUUCCAAUCAAUUUGCUUACUCCGAUCCUCGCAUCAAUCAAUAUCUCACGAAUAGUCGCGAUUAUUCGGCACAGACCGUUAUGUCGGUGAGUAUUUCCUGGCGCACUCGACGUGUAUUAAUCGGUGUUCAAUCAUUCAAUAUGGUUUUGUUAUAUUCGUUGGAUGAUCCUAAACGUCCGAUUGGCACUCGUCAAAAUGGAAUUGGUCUGAUGGGCUUUGGUAAAACUGUGGCAUGGCUAGAUGAUCAAGGUGAAAAGGCAUUGAUUCUUGCUAAUAGUUAUACAUAUUCUACUUAUCAAUGGAUCUCGUCAUUCGUGCAUAUAUAUGAUAUUCAAUCGGACGGAUUCUCAGACAGCACACAACCCAUUUUUAUCUAUCCUAAUAGUCAGCAAAUUCUUUUUCGGUGGAUGCGACCCCAGUUCAUUCGUUUUGUUUGUUCAUCAAGUGGUAAUUUGGCCAUUUUCGAUGAUUUAGGUAUUCCAGCUAUUAUUUACUCGGCACCAUCGGGUACCUAUCCGAACACAAAUUCAAUAUAUUUUACAUCCAAUACUGUCCCUUGUAUUCGUGGCACCUAUCGUAACUAUACCGGAAUUGAACUGUGUAUGCCAUGUUCCAAUGACACAUACGCCUAUUCAAAUAGUUGUUCACCUUGCACACUAUCAGAUUCAUUUUGUCCAUACGGAGCGGUAGAAGAAAUUUCUUAUUCAACAUUCGAAUCGAUUGAACAAGAUCAAGAUUAUCCUGAGUCACCUGAAAAUACUGUCUUUGAUGAUAUAUUGAUGCAAAACAUAUUCAGUUUCAAUACACAAUCCGGCCAUUGUGUACUCGUCUCGCCCAUAACCUGGGUACUUCUGGUCAUUGGAUUUGGAGUUAUUCUAGCCGGUGGUAUAUUUAUUCACGAGGCCUUCUUUCCUGGCAUACACAUAACACGCGAUGGAACGAAGCAAAUACUAAAAAAAUUGGACCUCAUCGGCGAAGGAGAACUAUGGAUUGGUGGCCUUGCAUCAGCAGCAGUUAUUGUUAUAGUCAUUUCGGCCUACAGUUUUUCCAAUCAAUACUUGCACCAAUAUCCAAUUGAACAAGUUACAAGUGACAGUUCAUUUGCAUGUGAUGUCACAUUGCGAAAUGCAAAAUUUAGUACAACAAUGCAAAUGACAUCAAGUUCAACAUUCAUUUGUAAUGAUUCUCUUAUCGUGCAACGCGUUGUUGGUUCUAAACUGACACUAUUACCAAUAUCGGCAUGUGAAACAAGUCAUAACGAUAGUAUACUAUCGUUGGCAAUUGCACUUCCAACACAAGAAGUUGGUAUUCAACUCACAUUGCCAGGCUCAAGAACUGUUGGCGCUAUUCGUUUGGGAUUGAGUGGGCCUUCGAUGAUCAGUACUGAUAAAAGGUCGACACUCCUGGAACUCAAUUUUUCAUCGGCUUUUGUUUCUUCAUCAUCCGAUGAAGUCCUUGCACCAUCUACUAGCUUCGUCAUUGGAUUAACUGCAAUUGUUAAUCAAACAGAUCCAUUGAAUAGUGACGAUUGGCCGACUUUCAGUGCCAUUUGGUCAUCGUCGUUUGAUGUCAUAACGGAUGAACUCUUUACUGUCGAAAAUAGAUACACUUUCUUUCAACGAACUCAAACCAAUAUUAGCAUUACAAUUCAAAAGUCGAUAUUUUAUGUAAACAAUAAACAAGAGCCGAUUGCUCGGCAAACUGAAAUUAUAUUUCACAAUCUUCUUUUUACAAUUGUCGUCUUGGAGUUAUUCUGUCUGGUGUUUCUAAUUAACAAAUUAUUGAUUUUGCCUCUGUAUCACAGCAUAAGUAGUCUUCUACAUUAUUUGUUGAAAAAGAAUCGAGUUGGCGCGAACGAAAACAAAUUGUCCAUGGCUAUUGUUGAGAAAUUCAAUCGUCCAAUAAUUAGAAAAUCAAUUCCGUCGAUAAAACCUCGUCAUCGAUGUUCGACUAUCAGUGUCAGCAGCUCAGCUACUUCUCAGUAG